CUCGGCAAGCUGCCUUCUCGCGCGCUUGGCUCCAGCUGCCGUGGUGGAACCUGUGCCCGCGGGGUCGCGCCUCGCCUUCCGGGCAUGAGCCCCUCGAUCUUCGCCGACCCGGAGGAAGUGCAGGAGGACCUCCCAAGCAUCUCCACCCCGGAGCACUGGAGCGAUGUGGGGCCGCUGAACGGCCGCCUGGGCCUGGUGGAGCAGCAGAUGCAGACGACCCAGGCCCAGCUGCUGACGGUGGGCGCGCAGCUGGCGCAGUUGGCCCAGAACCUCCAGCAGCUGGAGCUCUCCCAGCGGCGCCAGGAGGAGAUCUUGAAGCUGGCCGGUGCCAGCUUCGCCUUGGGGGCCAACGGCGUUGCAGCCAAUGCCACAGGUACCACAGGAAUCUCGGCCACUGGCGCGUUCCAGAAGAGCCGCCGGAGCCGGCCGGGCUUUCCCGUGGCAAGCCACCAGCCCUCGCGCGCGGCGCGGCGGCGCGCAGGCCGCAGAGCGCGGCCGGGGCCGCGGGAGCGCCAGCGCAUGCGGCAGAAGGAGGCAGAGAAGGCUGCGGAAACGUGGGGCUGGCAGCUGCUGUCUGAGCAACCCGCCCCCGAAGCCCAGCUGAGCCCCGGCUCCGACCCGGAGCCGGAGAAGAGCGCGAAGAGCGAGGUCAGCACCGAGGACAAAGCUUCGACUGAGAGCUCUGCGUCCGAGGUCAGCCCCUGCGUCAAAGCGGAACCGGAGAAGACUCUGGUACGGGAGUCCUCCCCGCUCGCGAGCUUCAGUGUCCGCGAGGCUUACAGCACGCAGCCCGAGUUCUGCGGCAGGAGACUGUCCUGGGUCUUUCUGGCGGCCCUUUGGCUUCUGUACCUCCUCCGUGAUCUGCCGGACGCACGGGAGCUGUCCGAGGUCCGCGACCUGCAGCCCAGCGACUUGCCCAGGCAUGACCAGCAGAGUGCCUGGAGGCUCCGGGAGCUGGGCCACCUGCAGCUGGCGGUCUCCGACUGCCGCAGCGCCGCCGACCUCUUCCUCCGCAGCGAGCGGGCGCUGAACGGCUCCAGGGCCCUGGAGGAGCUCUCCGCGGUGCGCCGGGACCGCGGCUUCGCGCUGGUCUGCGCCCAGGAGUUCCACGAGGCCGUCGCAGUGUUGCGGGAGGACCACCAGCUGCCGCCGCACCUGCUGAACGCACUGGCGGCCGCCUACUUCCACCUCGGGGACUUCUAUCGUGCCGCGCACCUCUGGGAGCGGGCGCUGCAGCAGGCGCCGGAGAACCCCUUGCUGUGGAACAACCUGGGCGCGGCGCAGAUUUUGCUGGGGGACCUGGUCCUAGCGGAGCGCGUGCUGCUGGAGGCGCUGCCCUUGGUGCAGCGCCUGGCGCAGAAGACGUACUACAUGCAGCUGGUGUCCAACAACAUUCAUACGCAGCGCCGCCAUGCAGCUGGCCAAAAGGGUUACCUGCCCCGGGUGGAGAUCUUCAACUGCGUGGCCUCCGACGUCUCGAUCAUGGUCCACGCAACUCCCACAGAUCAGCUGCAGAAGGAGUUUCAGAGCAUCGAGGCGGACGCGGAAAAUUUGGUCUCCCCCCUGGCGGAGACCAGCACGGCGGUCCUUGCAGCCCAGCGCGAGCCGCUUCUCUGCCCCUGACUCGCCGACUCUGACCGCAGAAGAAAACGCCAAGCGAGGUGACGGGGGAUGUACAGCCGAACCCCCACUUAGCUGGGUCCGUUCAAGCGAAGCAUUUCGAUGGACUUUUAAACCAAACUGCUCUCCAACAUUCCUUUGAAACCAGGACUCAGGCAAAGGACAUGUUGUUGCCAAUGUCGCUUUGG